UCCUGGCCGAGGUGACCUGGCACCUGCGUUUAGGGGUGUCUCCCUGGCUCCUAGGACGCCGCCUCCAGAGAUUUAAGCGAGCGUUACUAGGGGCAGACAAGGAAGCCAAGAGCUCCGGCACAGGCGGAGAGGGGAGGGGAGCGCAACAGGUCACCUGGAAGAAGCCAGAUACUCCCCUCCUCAAGCCAGAUACUCCCCUCCUCAUGCUGCUGCCACAGCCAGGAUGGCAUUGAACUCAGGACCACCUCCCGGAAUUGGACCUUACUAUGAGAACCAUGGGUACCAGUCUGACCACAUCUAUCCUCCGAGGCCACCUGUAGCUCCCAAUGGCUACAACUUGUAUCCGGCCCCGUGCUACCCGUCCCCAGUGCCCCAAUAUAUCCCGAGGGUUACAACGCAAGCUUCAACGCCUGUCAUCCACACACAGCCCACGUCCUCAGGGACACUGUGUACCUCAAAGACUAAGAAAUCGCUGUAUCUCGCCCUCACCCUGGGCACUGUCCUCGCAGGUGCUGCAGUGGCUGCUGGUUUGCUUUGGAGGUUCUGGGAUAGCAAGUGCUCUGCGUCAGAGAUGGAGUGUGGGUCUUUGGGCAUCUGCAUCAGCCCUUCUCUCUGGUGUGACGGGAUAUCACAUUGCCCCAACGGAGAAGAUGAGAACCGGUGUGUUCGCCUCUAUGGGCCGAGUUUUACCCUCCAAGUUUACUCAUCUCAGAGGAAAGCCUGGUACCCUGUGUGCCAGGAUGAUUGGAAUGAGAGCUAUGGCAGAGCAGCGUGUGAAGACAUGGGCUACAAGAACAAUUUUUACUCUAGUCAAGGCAUACCAGACAGCAGUGGGGCAACAAGCUUUAUGAAGCUGAAUGUGAGUGCAGGCAGCAUCGACCUCUAUAAAAAGCUCUACCACAGUGACUCCUGUCCAUCCCGUAUGGUGGUUUCUUUACGCUGUAUAGAGUGCGGGAUUCGCUCAGUGAGACGCCAGAACAGGAUUGUGGGUGGAUCGAAUGCCUCCCCAGGAGACUGGCCCUGGCAGGUCAGCCUGCAUGUCCAAGGCAUCCAUGUCUGCGGAGGCUCCAUCAUCACCCCGGAGUGGAUUGUGACGGCCGCCCACUGUGUGGAAGAACCCCUCAGCAGCCCGAGAUACUGGACUGCGUUCGCGGGGAUUUUAAGACAGUCUCUCAUGUUCUAUGGAAGCAGACACCAGGUAGAAAAAGUGAUUUCCCAUCCAAAUUAUGACUCCAAGACCAAGAAUAACGACAUUGCUCUCAUGAAGCUGCAGACGCCUCUGGCUUUUAAUGAUUUAGUGAAACCUGUGUGUCUGCCAAACCCAGGCAUGACGCUGGACCUAUCCCAAGAGUGCUGGAUUUCAGGGUGGGGGGCCACCUAUGAGAAAGGAAAGACCUCGGACGUGCUGAAUGCUGCCAUGGUGCGCUUGAUCGAACACACCAAAUGUAACAGUAAAUACAUAUACAACAGCCUUGUCACACCAGCCAUGAUCUGUGCCGGCUUCCUGCAGGGCUUUGUCGACUCUUGCCAGGGAGACAGUGGAGGGCCACUGGUUACCUUGAAGAAUGGCAUCUGGUGGCUGAUUGGUGACACGAGCUGGGGCUCAGGAUGUGCCAAGGCAUACAGGCCUGGAGUAUACGGCAACGUGACAGUAUUUACAGACUGGAUCUACCAACAAAUGAGGGCGAACAGCUAAUCCAGGUGGCCUUUGUCCCAACUACUUUUGUCUUCAACACCCUUCUGCAAGAAAACCAAGGGGCU